AGAUACGGCUUUCCUCUGAGUGCGUUCACUGCACUGUGACAUAGCAUGAGCAGUAGUUCAAAAAGUUGGCUGGCUUCCUUAGUAUCUGUUCUGUUAUAGGGGAGGGUAGGGGUGGAUGGGAAUUGGCCAAGACCAAAUUAGGAAGGAAAUGGGGAGCAGGUUUGGGCAACCAUGUUCAGGGGUUGUCAACUGGCAGACUGGAUGCAGAUGCAGCAAAGUGUUUCAGCGGAUCAAACCAAGCACUUAAAUAUACAGUAGCAGAACUGAUAAAUGUGUGGAAAAAAACUAACUGUAGAUGAUUCUUUAGCUCAUCAGGAAAGGUCUGAGAUGUGAGUCAUUUAACGGAUUCCUACACACAUAGAAACUCCGCUGCAAUAUAACGAAGGAGCUCUUAUUUAUCUUUCAUUCUGUGUGUGAAUUUGUGAAGAAAACGCAAUGCGCUCAAGAGACAGCAUCUUCAGAACCUGCCUCAGAGGGAUUUACAGUUGCUCUUGGAAGCGUUCACAAGACAGUAAAACAAAAUGUGUAUACUGCUGGUUCAGCUUUCUCUCUCUGGUGUCCAUUCUGACCCUGGGCUGGAUGUAUAUCUGUUUUGUUGCUUAUAAUGACCACGAUGAUGUCAACAGGGAGGCCUUUACUUCCCUCAGAGUUUGGGUGAACUGGUACAUGAUUGUUAUAAUCCUGUCUGCAGUAUUGGCUACUUACUGUCUUCUGCUCCUGGUGCUUUCAUUAGUCCAUAUUUCCAUAAAAGAACCUUUGGCGUUACACUGGCUGCAUAAGGUUUUGUUGUUUGUGGGUCUGGUUAUGGUCGGACUUGGCGUAGGUGGAAUGAGCUUCAGAUGGACAGAAGAAUGGUCCAGUAUCUACUUAUCACUGCAGGCCACAGCUCCUUUUCUGCAUUUGGGUGCUAUUGUGGCUUUGACCAUCAUCAGCUGGCUUGUGUUCCAGAGUUACUACAGAGCUCAGAGAACUGUUUCUAAGAUCUUCAUAAUUGGGGUAUUCAUGGCAAUUUUGGUCGUGGUUUUCCUCAGUCCUCUCUUGAUUCGUAGUCCAUGUCUUACUGACACACUUCCCCCAAAACCCAGUCUUGUGGGCCACCGUGGUGCACCUGUGUUGGCUCCAGAGAACACCAUCAUGUCAUUCAAUAAUAGUGUGGAGUGUGGUGUGGUAGCCUUUGAGACGGAUGUGCAGCUCAGCAAGGACAUGGUUCCUUUUCUAAUGCAUGACAAUCGUAGUAAGUUUCUGGCAAGGACAACUAAUGUGGAUAUCGUGUUUCCAAAUCGAAUGUACAACACGAGCAGUGACUUCACAUGGGAGGAGCUACAGACGUUAAAUGCAGGCGAAUGGUUUGUCAAGACAAACCCUUUUUGGUCUGUGUCUUUCAUUUCGGAGAAAGACAAGGCUCUUGCUCGUGAACAGAGAGUACCAUCCCUUGAACAACUCCUAGGUAUUGCAAAAGAUUACAACAUCUCUCUUAUCUUUGACUUCAAGAAUAAAGAUGAUGACUGCAAUAGCACAGUUAUGACCAUACUGAAAUCUGGCAUCUCGCAAAAUUUGAUAUGGUGGCUCCCUUCAAAGUGUAGACAGGAUGUUAAGAAGCAGGCUCCAGGGUUUCGCCAGGUCUACAGCAAUAACUCUUCAAUGGUGAACGACUCUGGGCGAUUUCUUAAUGUGAAAUACAAUGCAAUAAGUACUGAAGACAUUAGUAACUUCAGAAGCUAUAAUGUGACGGUCAACCUGUGGGUGGUGAAUGAGCGCUGGCUUUUCUCGUUACUGUGGUGCGCAGGGGCCAGCUCAGUGACCACUAACACAUGCCACCUCCUCAAAGACAUGUCUCAGCCUGACUGGCAUCUGGCUCCUCAUGUGUACAGAAUUAUAUGGAUCACUGCUGAUGUGGUGUCAUUACUGGUGAUGAUCAUUCUGUUUUUUGUGCAGGGGAAAGCAAGGAACCAGAUUUUUGUCCUGGAAUCAGAAAGAACCGUCCCCCUUCUUAAUUUCUGAGUAGCUCUAACACAGAAGAAAGAAUGAAUACAGCACCGUGGUGAAAAAACUAGUAUUUUAAAUCAGAGAUGCAGAUGGGACUAAUGGAGCUAACAAGUGGCCUCCAGCUCACAGCCUCCAGUUUGUGAAACAUUCACAGCUACACCAGCCCCAUAGCUUCAGUGCAGA